AUUGUGGUUGAUCUGUAACAUAGUGAGUUUAGUUAAUUCUUUCCAAUCACCUGGAACUUGAACAAUGAAUCUAACUCUUGCUGAUUAUAAUUUGAAGCACUGUGGAAAAAUGAUGAUGGCGCUGAACGAGAUAUGGAGCCGUGGCAUCACAUAUGCAGUGUUCUUCAUGAAGAGCAGAAUAUACAAUGAAGUAAAACUGAAAAAUGAAUCCUCUUGAUGCUUAUGAUUUGAAGCACUGUGGGAAAAUGAUGAUGGCCCUUAACGAACAAAGAGCAAGCAAAGAGUAUAGUGACUUCGCAAUUAUGGUCGGCGAUGAGAAAAUUCCAGCACACAGGAAUGUUCUGUCAGCAGGAUCGGAUUAUUUUCGUGCAAUGUUGUCUCAUGAAAAUGUUGAGAGCAGCACUGGCAUUGUGAAAAUGAAACAAGUUCAAUACUCAAGUGUGAAAAUUUGCAUCAAUUACAUUUACACUGGUAAUUUUCCCACUCCUGGUCGCGAGGGGCGUGAACAAUUGAUGUUUACCGCUCAUAUGCUCCAAUUACAAGGUAUGUGUGACGAAAUUGCCAUAUCCCUCGAGGAAGAACUGACCCCGGAAUCGUUCUAUUCAACAAAGAUGAUUGCAAACACUUUCAACUGCACCGGUUUAGUUGAAAGCUGCAACAAAUAUGCCCUGAGGAAUUUUCAAUUAAUUGCUGCUGAAGACGAUUUUAAACAUUUGGAUAAAGAUUAUGUUUCCUUCUUAUUGGAAUCAAAAGAAGUCAAUGCCUCUGAAGCUGUCAAGUGCAAAGCCGUGAUCAUCUGGACCAACUUCGAUGCCGAGGCUCGGGCAUCAACAUUUGAAGAAUUAUUUGGUAAUCUGGAUUUGACAAAAAUAUCAAGGAAAUAUCAGAAGUUUUUGUUGGAGAAAGAGCCAUUGGUAUUUAAUUCUAAUCGUUGCCUCAGAGCAUUUUUGAAGACUUUCACUGGUGGAUCACAAGUUGUGGCUGAAGAUAUCGACAUCAAAGAUGCAGGGAUAACUACCAGUCAACUUCAGCCAAAUAACGUGAUUGCGGUUUUUGACAAAAAUUCAAAAGCAAUUCAAGCAUUUAAUCCAAAGAUGAAAACUUGGACAAAACUGCAGGCCAUCAGUGACGAAUUUGUUGGCAAAGGCUUCACCGUUGCAGUACUUGGUUACUUCAUAUAUGUUCUUGUGAUUGAUGGGACCAAUUAUCAACUUAAUUAUAUUGAAACCAAUGCUACAUGGGUUAGACUGGCAGAUCGGAAGGAGACAAAGAAACGUGUGGCCGCUGUUGCAUUUAAAGGUUCCAUAUAUGCAUUUGAUAGUUCUGGCUCUAACAGUAAAACAGUUGAGAAAUUUGAUUCAUCUGAUGGAACUUGGUCCCAUGUCACUGAUAAACCUGUGGAAGGAUUUGACACAUCAGUAGUUGCUGCAGGAGGUUUCAUCUACUGUAUUGGAGGGUACAAAGAUGGGCGUAUAUCAAAUGCUAUAAAAUUCAAGCCAUCAGAUUCUACAUGGACGACACUUCCAUCAAUGCCGACUGCAAGAGACUGUGCAGCUGCAGUUAAACUUGAUGGGAAGAUUUAUGUCAUGGGUGGACAAAGCAAUGACUACUUGAACAUUGUGGAAUGCUUUGACACAGUUUCUGAAACAUGGACCACAGUUGCCAGAUUAAACAAUCCAAGAGGAUAUUUCAAAGCCUGUGUUGUUGAAGGAAAGAUAUUUGCUGUUGGAGGUCUGAAUUCCAAGAAUACAAUAGAAGAAUAUGAUCCCGCUGUAAACUCCUGGAAAGUUGUUGAAACAAUGGGUGGAAAAGACAUUCAGGGAUUGGCUUCCAUUGCUUUAAAUGUUGAAACAAUGACUGAAUAUCCCACGCCAACCUGAUCCCCUUUACGAUUAUGAUUGACAAUCACUUUAUUGAUUGAGAACUUGUAUGGAUUUAUUCAUCCUACGUGUUUGAUCAAAACAGCGAAUUUUCAAUAGAUUAUUAUGUUUUGUUUCUCAAUUUUAUAACUUGAGAAUACUUGAAUUCCAUUGUUGAUACUACGUAUAUCCAGAAGGCAUUGUUGUAUUAGCUCCAGUAAUUUUUAAUCUAUCAAUAGUUUUGCUCUUUUAGUGCGAUUGUAAUUUAUUUAGAAUAACUUGAACUAUUCAAGCCAAAUUAGAACAUGAGACUACAUAUACCUAGAACGAAUUGUUAGUAUCAAUUCCGUUAAUUUUCAAUCUAUCACUAAUCCUUGCUUUUCAGUGUGAUUUUAAAUUGUAAAUAUCAUUUUAUAUUGUCACAACGGGAACCAUUCAAGUCAAUGUUAGAACUUAAGAUUGUUUGGAUUCCAUUGUUCAGCUUCCAAAUAUCGGAAUGCAAUGUUUAUAUUUGCUUAGUAAUUGCUAUAUAUGUAUAACGGUUAUUACAUUGUACCAAUUCGUCUGUUUUAAAUUUGUGUAACAUUUAAUUUUCAGCAUUACGUAAAGAGAAAUCAUAAAAAUAAAAAAUAAAACUAAUUUGUAUGUAAA